GUUGCGGUUUGUGCUUCGCUGAACAAGAUCACUUCCUCUAGAAGGGGCGAACGUCCUCUUCUCUUUGGGAACCACUACGGAUCUGCGGCUUCAACUGCUCUAAGGGCUCUGCUACUCUCAUUUACAGAGUUACAGCUUGAAGCAAUGGAUACCUUCCUAUUUACAUCUGAAUCCGUGAACGAGGGUCACCCCGACAAGUUGUGCGACCAGAUCUCCGAUGCCAUACUCGAUGCUUGCCUCGAACAGGACCCCGAUAGUAAAGUGGCCUGCGAGACCUGUACCAAGACCAACAUGGUCAUGGUCUUUGGGGAGAUCACUACCAAGGCCAACAUAGACUAUGAGAAGAUUGUCCGAGACACAUGCCGAACGAUUGGAUUUGUUUCCGAUGAUGUGGGUCUUGAUGCUGACAACUGCAAGGUCCUGGUCAACAUUGAGCAGCAGAGCCCUGAUAUUGCUCAGGGGGUCCACGGAAACCUCACCAAGCGCCCUGAGGAGAUAGGUGCCGGUGACCAGGGUCACAUGUUCGGCUAUGCCACCGAUGAGACUCCAGAGCUGAUGCCGCUCAGUCACGUCCUUGCCACCAAGCUCGGGGCUCGCCUGACUGAGGUUCGCAAGAAUGGCACAUGCGCAUGGCUGAGACCAGACGGAAAGACCCAAGUCACCGUUGAAUACCACAAAGAAAAUGGAGCUAUGGUCCCCAUCCGCGUUCACACUGUCCUCAUCUCCACUCAGCAUGAUGAGACCGUCAGUAAUGACGAGAUCGCCGCUGAUCUCAAGGAGCACGUCAUCAAGCCUGUCGUCCCAGAGAAGUACCUAGACGAGAAGACCAUCUUCCACCUUAACCCCUCGGGGCGUUUUGUCAUUGGAGGUCCUCAUGGUGAUGCCGGCCUCACGGGACGCAAGAUAAUUAUUGACACCUACGGUGGUUGGGGGGCUCACGGUGGUGGCGCCUUCUCCGGUAAGGACCCAACCAAGGUUGACCGUAGUGGUGCCUACAUCGUCAGGCAGGCUGCCAAGAGCAUCGUCUCCAGUGGGCUUGCUCGCCGCUGCACUGUGCAGGUCUCCUAUGCUAUUGGUGUUCCAGAGCCGUUGUCCGUCUUUGUCGACACAUAUGGUACAGGAAAGAUUCCGGACAAGGAGAUCCUGAAGAUUGUCAAGGAGAACUUCGACUUCAGGCCUGGUAUGAUUGCUAUCAGCCUGGACCUCAAGAGGGGAGGUAAUGGUAGGUUCUUGAAGACAGCCGCCUACGGUCACUUUGGCAGGGACGACCCUGACUUCACAUGGGAGGUGGUAAAGCCCCUCAAGUGGGAGAAUGCCCAAGCUUAGAUGCAGUAGACGAGUGAUGAUCAGGCGCUUGUCUUGCCGUUUCAGUGAUCUGCACCCUUUGUUUAUGGCCCGUUGAAAUAUUAUACCUGCCAAUGUACCGCUGUAUGCUCUCUAACGAAACGCACAUCCUAAUGUCUUACUAUUGUUCUACGCC